AGUUGCAUGCCAGUAUCAAUUAACCGCGCGCCGAGAGAGCGCGAACGCAGAUUCCGUGCCGCGUGUUUAUUUCAAAUUUGGAAUUAGUUAUUUCUUUUUUUUAUUUGUCGCAUUUCCAGAUACAAAAUGGCCUGCCCAAUGAGGUCAGUAAUGGACGAUUCAGGCGCCCAAGAUGGCAGCCACCUCGGCAACGAGGCGGGUAUGCUGUACGGAGAGUACCUGAUGUUAGAGAAGCUCCUCACCUCGCAGCGGAUGCUUAGUGCUGAGUCUUCGAAGCCGGUGCACGAUGAACAUUUAUUUAUUGUUACUCACCAAGCUUACGAACUGUGGUUCAAACAGAUUAUCUUCGAGGUGGAUUCAGUACGUUCACUGUUAGACGUUGAGGGAUUGGAUGAAGGGCAUACCAUGGAAAUUCUGAAACGGCUCAACAGAGUUGUACUUAUAUUAAAGUUGCUAGUCGAUCAAGUGAUGAUAUUAGAGACGAUGACGCCACUGGACUUUAUGGACUUUAGACAUUACCUCCGCCCCGCCUCCGGCUUCCAGAGUUUGCAGUUCCGACUCUUAGAGAACAAGCUGGGUCUAAAGCAAGCUCUUCGUGUUAAGUACAACCAGAAUUAUCAAACGGUGUUCGGCGAUGACCCUGAGGCUAUGGAAUCUUUACGCAAAUCAGAGGAGGAGCCAGCUCUUCUUGCGUUGAUAGAGCGGUGGCUGGAGCGCACGCCGGGACUCAACACGCACGGUUUCAACUUCUGGGGGAAGUUCCAGAACGCUGUUGACACCAUGAUCAAAGAUGACAUCGACGAGGCGAUGCUUGAACCGAAUGAGGUAGUUCGAAAACAUCGUCUCCAAGACGCGGAGAAUCGCCGGGAGAUAUACCGCUCUAUAUUCGACCCUUCAGUGCAUGACGCGCUGCGCUCCCGCGGGGAGAGGAGGUUGUCGCACAGAGCUCUUCAGGGUGCCAUCAUGAUAACAUUCUACCGCGAUGAGCCGCGCUUCUCGCAGCCGCACCAGCUGCUCACGCUGCUCAUGGACAUCGACAGCCUCAUCACCAAGUGGCGCUAUAACCAUGUCAUAAUGGUACAACGUAUGAUCGGAUCCCAGCAACUGGGAACUGGCGGUUCUUCUGGAUAUCAGUACCUCAGGUCUACUCUUAGUGAUCGUUACAAAGUAUUUUUGGAUUUAUUCAACUUGUCAACGUUCCUGUUGCCGCGAUCCCUCAUCCCGCCGCUGGAUGACGGCAUGAAGAGAAGCCUUAAUCUAACUUGGGGAGAUAAUAUUAAAGAGAAUAGUCAAAAUGGACAAAACAGCCAAAACGGCUUGGAAUUUUUAUAGUGAAAAGAUUUUAUUAUUAAUGUACUAGCUUUUAUCCAAGACUCCGUCUGCGUGGAAUUAAAAAUAACUAAAGUGGGAAUAGGUCUUUAAAUAUAGAGCAAUUAAUUAACUAUAUAUAUACUAAUUUUAUAAAGAGGAUAUAUUUUUUUUUGUAUUGAAAUAACUCAAAAACUACUGGACCGAUUUGAAAAAUUAUUUCGCCGUUAAAAAGCUACGUUAUCAGUGAGUAUAGGCUAUAGUUUACAUUAUUUUUUAAUUUCACGUGAACGAAGUCACGAGCAACAGCUAGUUUGAUAUAAAUACAUACAUUUGUGACAUGUCGCGUUGUUUAUUUAGUACAAAAAAAGGUAAAACUUGUCAUUGGGUAAUUCUAAACAAGCUAGAACCGAGAAGUAUAUUGAAGUAUUUUGAUUUAACUUGGGUUAUAUCCAAUAAUAAUCUUUGUUGGUGUUUUCACGUUGGAAUUAAACAAUAAACAAUUGUAAAGUAUA